CAAGGGAAAAGCAGGGACACUGUGUAUAACUCCAAAGUAAUUUGUAAGACGUUGCUUUAUUUUUAAGGGAUAAAACUGCCUACCGUCUGCUCGACCGUUCUUAACUAAAACGUUAUUAUAUACCAAAGCAACCUAUAAACUUGUUUUAAAUUAGGUGUUUUUUUUUUCCAAUCAACGGAGAAGCGUCUGUUGCCUUUGCACCAGCUUUUAUUUUCUGUGUGGAGUGAAAUUCUCAAAUUAAAAGAUAUACAGGGGGGAAAUCAAAGAAAGAUGGUGAUUAACAGGGAUAUCGACCGCGCCCCCCUCUCUCUCAUAUUACCGCACCUCUACCUUGGAGCAGAAGCUGACGUUACGCAGGACUGCCUGUCUUCUCAGGGAAUCACUUACGUUCUGAGCGUGAGUCGCUGCUGUCCCCAACCAGCCUUCUUACCAAAGUCGCAAUAUCUUCGCAUUCCCAUAAACGACUCGCUCCGAGACGAUUUGCUGCCGUGGAUCCCAGAAGCCCUGCAAUUUAUAGAUGGUGCUGUGUCUCUGGGGUGCUCUGUGCUUGUUCAUUGCGCUGCAGGAGUAUCUCGCUCUCCAGCACUGGCUGUGGCUUACGUCAUGUACCGGCUGGGGCUCGACCUAGAUGAUGCCUACAGGUUUGUGAAAGAGCGCAGACCAUCAAUUUCACCUAACUUCAAUUUUCUGGGUCAACUGCAGUAUUUUCAGGGUGCUCUUGCUCAACAGAACACCGGAACCAAGACAAAUGCUCCGCACAUUCACAUUCCAGCCGCAGGCCCCUGCUGCACCAACAAAGGCAUCUGCUACACUCCUGCUUUUCCAUCUCCAAGCAAUCAGGAUACACAUGAUGCUCUGAAGGACAGCUUCCUUACUAAAGACUGUACUGAAGAGAUAACACAGUGCACCCACUGUGACUAUUCUAAUCACAUCAGUUUUAAUCACAGCUGUUUACAGGGUGCUGAAAUGAGUACAACUCACACUGUGACUAAAAACCCACACCAGGAGAAGCCAAGUGCAACAGAACUGACACUGUCUCUUUCUGAUAGACUUAGAGCUCUCACCCUGUCUCUUAACCACACAGAGACGCAGAGCUCCUCUUGUGUUUUGGGUGGAAACCAAGAUUCGUUGAAAAGUAUCCAAUCAAAACCAUUUCAGAAACCAACAGUACUGAAGCUGGCAUCAGGAUCUACUUCUUCUUCAGACAGAAGGAAAGCCUUGACCCUCUCUCUCAUUCCUAUGGGAGCUGAUCCUAACAUGUAUCAAAAGGUGGGGUUAGAGAAUAACCACAUUAAGAGCAAUCAAGGACUGGAUCACACAAAUAGAGACUGCAGUUCCAAUACUGACGAGAGGAGAGCGGAAGCUGUAUCUACCAAUAAAAAAAGACUUGAUAAAAUGUCACUUCCAAAUGUUUUAUCUGUUCGCUCUGGAAACUCUCUGCGAGAGACAAGACAAUGUGGUCAGAAAAAACAAGAGAAUGAGAACAACAAGAGCAGCUGUAAGUCCAAAACGCAAAACAAAGGAGAAGGAAAAAGUGGUUACUGUCACAUAUCUCAACACAGCAGAGAGAGUGAUCAUUUCAGUUCCAGCCAUGAGCAAGGUAGAGAAAGUUGGAGCCCUGCCACCUCUGCCAUGAUCCAGCCCAAGAAGGGGUGCAACUCCACAGGUGGCCACCAGGAGGCACCAGAUGGAUAUUGUGCCUCUGCAGUGGAAGCUGUUGAGGGUGUGAACUUGGAACAAACUUCACUGUCUCCAAUCAAUCUGUCUGUUCAUAAGCUGUUAAACUGGGGUGAAAAACUGCUACUGGGCGCCUUAUUGGGCCCUAGAAUUAAGGUGGGACAGGCUGCACUUCCAUACAGAUGCUGAGAUGGAGCAGGAAAUACUUUUGCACAAUAAAUUAAGGAAUGUGGAAAGGAGAGAUAUACAGGGGAGGCGUACUAAUAAUAGAGGAGGAGAACCAGAAGAAAACAGGUUAGAGAAGAAGCAGACAGUUAAAGAUCAAUGCAUGGCAGUGUCUGUAUGUGCGUGUAUGUGCCCACAUGUUUGGAUUUGCAAUAUGUAUUCAUUUGCAUGCAUACUUUGGAUUGUAUGUUGUAUGAUGUAUGUGUGUCUGUCUUUAUUUUCAAGCAUACUGUAUGAAUUCCAAAUUUACUCUGAAGAUCACAGAAAUUUGCACAAAUUCAGUGAGCUCAUUUAUUCAGUUUGCUCAUGAAUAGGGGGAAAGUUUGCUAAUGCUUGUUUGUAGGGAUAUAUAAAUAUUUUGACUGACAGGUUUCCAUUUAUUUUUUGAUGCAAUUUAUGAAAUAACUAUAUGUAAAAUGGUAUUUUCCUUGCCAUUGCCUGUAAUGCAAAUGCGCUGUUUAUUAAAGUUGACACAUUUAUACAGUUCUUUGCCUCUAACGGUGUACAAUUUCACUGGACCUCUCAUAUUUAUGUAAAAAUAAGUGAUCUGGAUCCGUUGUACUUGACAGUUUAAAUAAUUGUUUAUAGGCUUUCAAGGAAAACUUGAAAUUAUUGCCAUCUUGAUUUUUUCCUAGUAACUAGCCCAAGUUUAUACCAUUUUAGUGUCACUAUUUUGCAACCCCCACCCAUUUUUAUUUGAUUCAUUAUAUGUGAGUGAGCUUUUAGCUAUAGUUUACAGUCUGUAUCUGUGGAUGCUGUACCAGGCCCAUUGUGACACCAGCGGGUCAUGUUAGAAUGUUUGUGAAUGUUCUCUCCAUGUUAGUCAAUGGGAAACGUUUCCAUAUAAAAUCAUAAACGUCUCAAAUCAUAUUUCUGUAUUGACACAAAAAGCACAACCAAUGCAAUCCCAUAGUACCUCAAGGUAUUGGCCAAAUGUCAUAAGCUGAAAUUGUAUACAAGGAGGUAUGUACAGAAAAUUGGAUGGAAUAAUAUGAAGAAAUAGGAAGCCAACUUAAAAAGAACUCAGAGUUGGCUUUUUCAAGCUGUCUUAUCUGGUUACUGAUUGACCAUCUGUUUUGUAACAUCUGUGCUGAUUCUUCAGCAUGUAUUCUUCACAUUCACUAUAUGGACAGGACUAUGCGUAGGAGUUUUUCUGAAGUCUGCAAUCAUUACUGAACUCAGAGAUUUGUUUUGUCUAUAUGGAUAAGACAAUUCAAUUGCACCUUCCAAAUAAACUUGAUCACAUUAAAUCCAAACAGGAGAAGAGGCCUUACUGACUUUACAAUGUGUCCCUCUACCUCCCUGCUCAUUCUCAUCAGACGCAUAUUGUGUAGUGCAGCUUACUGUUCUCCUCUGUAAUCAACAAUCAAUGAGUUUAACACACUUCCUAUUUUAUAUCUUUAGUAAGUAUUUAGAGGUUGCAUCAUAUCCAUGGACAGUUAAUGAACUUUAUAGGACCCAACUGAGACAGUCAAUAAAAUGUGUUUAAUGUAAGGGUGUGUUGUUUUUAUGGAUGAAUGACAUAGAAGUUAAUGCUAUAACUGUGAAUCAUAUCCUGUAUGGUUGAUGCUUAACAGUGAUUUUGCAUUUUGUAAUACUCCACUGCUCUAUAAAUACAAUAGGAUCUCAUUAAA